AUGAACCUGCUCGAUGACUCAUUGAAUGAAUGGGACAGAAAUCGAUCAUUACCGGGUGACGGUUCUGGGUCUCUCGGCGAAGACCAUGCGAUUGGCCAUGGCAUUUGCAAAGAUACCCCAUACAACUAUUGGAAGAGCGAACGAAGGAACCAUUUCUUGGCGAGGCCUGUCGCUGUCGAGAUCAAUGCCGAUAGCGAGUGA